AUGGCAACGGAAAUAAUAAAUAGCUAUAAGAAAGAUAAUAAGCUCAAAAACUUGAUUCUUGUCGAAUCUGCAAUUCAACAUGAAUAUGAACGCAAUGAAGAUGGACGAGGAUAUCUACUAAACUUUAUGAAAACUAAUAAACUUGAACAACUCAAAGCUUUUCCUGAUUCAAUAUUGGCUUAUAACAAUUUCCUUUCUGUGGUUACAUAUAUUUAUUUUAAUAAACUGGGAGUUGAAGAAAUGAAUAAAUUGUUAGCUUCUCCAAAGGAAGAACAGGAGGAGGAAGUUAAGCAAGAAAAGGAAGAAAAGGUUAAAGAUGAGAUGAAGAAAGGAAAAAAGGAAGAUGUUAAGGAGAAAGGAAAAGAAAAGGUUGAAGAUGAAAAGAAAGGAAUGGAUAAUAAUGAGGAAAACAAGGAAGGAGUGAAGGAUGUUAAGAAGGAAGAUGUUAAGUUGAAAGGGAAAGAAGAGGCUAAGGAAGAGAUGGGAAUGGAUGUAAAGAAGGAUGAUAAAGAGAAAACGAAGAAGGAAGAUGUUAAGAAGGAAGAUGUUAAGAAAGAUGAUGUUAAGGUAGACGAUAAAGAGGAGGUUAAAGAAGAGGUUAAAGAUGAGACAGAGGAAGAAAAGAAAGAUGUAGGUAAAGAUGAGGAGAAGAAGGAGGGUAAUGAAUAGAAUAGUAAUGAAGUUAAAAAAGAAAAGGAUUAAGAUGGGUAAACUUUGAUAAAUUAUUUUAAUUUUGUGA